CUCACUUCAUGUAACUCGGUUACUAUAGCCGGUUAUAAGCCUCCCCCUGAUCGAUCAUUCAUCUGCUUACGAAAGAAAGCAAGCAAGACUCUUAAAAAGAAGCUUUCCCUCCUUCCCACUUUAUAAACCCGACUUCACGAUCCAGCGCCAUCAACUUACUUAGCUGACUUGUUUACGAAAAAAAGAAAGGGAAAACACCACCCAUCCAAGCGGCCAUUCAACAUGACCGUCCCAACCGACUCCCCGAGAGGUACUCUUCACCACGAGGUCAACCCUCGCCAAAACCACAACCACAACCACAAUCAAGACAACACCAACGACACACCCGAAAACCAACCAACCAAAAUCCCCUUGCGAAUCGCCAUCCUCCUCAACUCGUACCGCUCCCCACACAUCUCCUCCAUCCGCGACUCCUACACACGCUGCUUCGCCUCCUUAACGCAAUCCCCAACCUGCCGCUUUCAGCCUGCUUUAUCAUUUUUCUACCCAGCCGACAACUUUUACUGCUGUUCCCAGGGUCCUCACAACGAGCGGGACGGAUGUUACAACGACGGCGGGGGUAAUAAUGGGGGGUCUGCGGAGUUGUCGAACGGGGCCUUGUCGUCUGAUUGUUCGAACGGGUUUGGGGGUCGGUCCUCUUCGGACGACUCUGAGUCUGAUGGUGGUGGUCCAAAGAGCGAGGCUACUAGACGUACUAGGGUUGACGACGCGAGAGAUAAUAAGCCAAGCAGCAGCAGCAGGAUGAAAGAGUUCCUGCCUGAUCCGGCGGAAUUUGACCUGAUUGUUAUCGGAGGAGGAAAUGCUGAUCCGAGGAAAAGACAUGCGUGGAUUUUGAGGGUGCAUGAAUUUGUACGGCAGACGAGAAGGGAAUGGCCAAAGAAGAAGAUGGUGGGGGUUUGUUGGGGACAUCAGACGCUGGGGCUGGUGAUGGGAGGAGGGGAGGUAGGGGAGAUGAGGUUGCCUGAGCUAGGAGUAACAGACUCGAAACUCACCCCCGCCGGGUUACGAUUUUUCAAUGACCGAGGGCCACCAUCAACAGCAGGAGGAAAAGCAGAGGAAAAUAAGAGCUCGCUGAGACUUCAUCAACACCAUCGUCGCCAGCUUAUCUCUACCCCACGCAAUUUUCACCAAUUACUCGCCAACAAUGAAUGUCUCCUCUCACACGAUAACAGCGUCUUGACGUUUCAAGGACAUCCGGAGAAGGACGCAAAGGCGGCGAAGCUCAAGAUUAGAGAUGCGGCGAGAUGGUGGGGCUGGGAUUUGAAUGACCCCAAAGCGAUGGAAGAAGUGAAGGGGUUGAUGGAGAGGGAACAUGAUGGGAAUUGGGUGUGGGAGAGGGUUUUGGAAUGGGUUUGGGAGGGUCUGAGGGAAGAAGGGAAGGAGGACGAGGUAAAUGAGUUGGAGUGGAAGUUGUGAUUUAUGAUCAUGGCGGCUGGUGUGCUGGUCGCAUCAGUCGCAAGCGAUUGUUUUGAUGAUGCGCAUGCAUUAGCCCACUACGGGCGUCAAUCAUUAGGAGGAGAUACCAAGUUGUUGUAUGCAGUUACCCUAUUGUUUGGGUGAAAGCGCUAUGUAGAUACGGAGUGGGGGAAUUGAAUUGGAGUCAUGUCAUCGG